CCACAGUUUAGUUGCUUUGUCGACGUCGUUACGCGCGGACGGGUUUUCAGCUUUGGCUUCGUGUGAGAUCGACACCGGCAUUGAGAUCAGUCGGAGCGGCUUCUAUAACGGAUCAUAUCAGGAAAUAAAAGUGUUGCACACCAGAAACGUGAAUAAAUAUGAUGUCCAAGCGCUUGUUGGCUCACACGAGGCGGGUGAUGCCGAGCUCCUCCUCGAACCGAUUCAGCUCUAGUUCCACCCUCCACUCCAAGGCGGCUCCAGCCGUGAUGAACCUCGUGCAGAGCGAGAUGCCCGAGACGGGGCAUCGGCCCAGUGGCUACGUGGGACCCAGCUACGAGCAGAUCCUUGAAACGCGCAAGACCCAUUUGACGCCCAAUUUGGUGGCCCACUUCAAGAAACCAUUGGUCAUCCACGAGGGCCACAUGCAGUGGCUGUACGACCACGAGGGUCGUCGCUAUCUGGACAUGUUCGGGGGCAUUGUUACCGUUUCCGUGGGACACUGUCAUCCCAAGGUCAACCAGGCGCUGAGCGAACAGAUCUCCAAGUUGUGGCACACGACCAACAUCUACAUGCACCCCAAGAUCCACGAAUACGCCGAGCGUCUGGUGGCCAAGUUCCCGGGCAACCUGAAGAGCGUCUGCUUCGUCAAUUCCGGCUCGGAGGCCAACGAUCUGGCCAUGCUCAUGGCACGAGUACACACGGGCAACCAGGACAUUCUCUCGUUCCGCAAUGCCUACCACGGCAUGUCGCCGUACACCAUGGGCCUGACGGCCCACUCCACCUGGCGCUUCCCGCUGGCGGGAGUGAACAACGGACUGGUGCACGUGAUGAAUCCCGAUCCGUAUCAAGGCAUCUGGGGCGGCGCCGCCUGUCGAGACUCGCCCGUGCAGACGACGCGCAGCUGCCACUGCCAGGAGGGCGGCGGCUGUCGGGCAGGAUCAGAGUACUAUAAAGAGCUGGAGGAGACCUUCAAGUACAGCUUGCCCCGUGGCAAGGUGGCGGCCAUGUUUGCAGAGUCCAUUCAGGGAGUGGGCGGCACAGUGCAGUUCCCCAAGGGCUACCUAAAGCGGGCAGCCGCUCUGGUCAGGGCCAACGGCGGACUCUUCGUGGCGGAUGAGGUGCAGACGGGAUUCGGCCGCACGGGGGAGCACUUCUGGGGCUUCGAGGGACACGACUAUGUGCCUGAUAUCGUGACAAUGGCCAAGGGCAUUGGCAACGGCUUCCCCCUGGCCGCCGUCGUCACCACCCCCGAGAUAGCCGCCUCCCUAGGGCAGGCGCUGCAUUUCAACACCUACGGAGGCAAUCCCAUGGCCAGUGCGGUGGGCAUCGCCGUGCUGGACGUGAUCGAGGAGGAGCAGCUGCAGCGCAACUCCCUGGAGGUGGGCACCUACUUCCUCAAGUGCUUGGAGGAGCUGCAGCAACGCUUCGAGAUUGUCGGCGAUGUCCGGGGCAAGGGACUGAUGAUCGGCGUCGAGCUUGUCGAAGAUCGCGAGAAGCGCACGCCCCUGGCCACUCCCCAUGUGCUGGAGAUCUGGGAGACGUGCAAGGACCUUGGUGUGCUCUUCGGACGCGGUGGCCUCCACGGCAACGUGCUGAGUUUCAGGCCUCCGCUCUGCGUGGGCUUCGACGACGUGGAGUUAGCUCUUAAUACGCUCGAGACCGCCUUCCAGCAGCACAUGAGCAAGCGACUACGCGGCUGGAGAUACGGCCAGGCCCAAAACAGGAGCUGCUAGCCUGGUUGUACUUCAGAUUGGCUCAUUUAUUGGCUAAGCUUAUUCCGCUAGUAAUUGAACAACGUUUAUAGAGCAGCAUUAUGACCGCGAGAGCGAGGCUUCUUUGACAUAGUUUUCGAUAUUCCUAAUACUAGUAUAUAUAUGUAUAUAUAAAUCCUUAGUCUGAGCACUGUGUGGUGUGUGUGUGUGUGUGUGUGUGAGGGAUGUGUGAAAUACGGUGUCAUGGAUAGAAUAUCAAUAAACCGUUAUCCGUAGCAGUAUAACGGUAGCAUUA